UUGUAGCCUCGUCGGUGCGGAGCCACCUGUGAGUAAUUAGCCGGUGUCGGUUCUCGGCGCGCCGUGACCCGGGGGCUGCCAGGUUGCUGUGUACCUGGCAAAUGUUCCCAGACUGAGAAUGGCAUGAUGUGGAGGGCACUGCAGUGAAAGUGUUAAAUGCCCCUUUCUUUGGAGACCUGCAAACGAAAAAGAAAUAGAAGCCAUUAACCUACCUUGUUCAGAGAGAACAUUAACUCAGCACAACAUGGCCCAGCAUAGUGUUGUCCUUGGAUUAUUCAUGAUGACUGUUUUAUCACUGUUGGAUGGAAGUUCAGCUUUCCUGUUAAAUCAGCGUCUGAAGGGAAGAUUUCAAAGAGACCGUAGAAACAUCCGCCCAAACAUCAUCCUUGUUCUUACUGAUGAUCAGGAUGUAGAACUUGGUUCUAUGCAGGUGAUGAAUAAAACCAGACGGAUCAUGGAGCAGGGGGGUGCUCAUUUCAUCAACGCCUUCGUGACGACGCCCAUGUGCUGCCCGUCGCGCUCCUCCGUCCUGACGGGCAAGUACGUCCACAACCACAACACCUACACCAACAACGAGAACUGCUCCUCUCCCUCCUGGCAGGCUCAGCAUGAAAUAAGGACCUUUGCAGUGUACCUCAACAACACGGGCUACAGGACAGCUUUCUUUGGAAAGUACCUAAAUGAAUACAAUGGCUCCUAUGUGCCUCCUGGUUGGAAAGAAUGGGUUGGAUUACUUAAAAACUCUCGAUUUUACAACUACACACUCUGUAGAAAUGGAGUGAAGGAGAAGCAUGGAUAUGACUACUCCAGGGAUUAUCUAACUGAUCUGAUUACCAAUGACAGUAUUACCUUCUUCAGACUCUCCAAGAGGAUGUACCCUCACAGGCCCGUGCUGAUGGUUAUAAGCCACGCUGCUCCUCACGGCCCUGAAGAUUCAGCCCCUCAGUACUCACAUCUCUUUCCUAAUGCCUCACAACACAUCACUCCCAGUUAUAACUAUGCUCCAAACCCAGACAAGCAUUGGAUCAUGAGGUACACUGGCCCCAUGAAGCCCAUACACAUGGAGUUCACUAACAUGCUGCAGAGAAAGCGCCUCCAAACACUCAUGUCUGUGGAUGACUCGAUGGAGAUGAUUUACAACACGUUGGUUGAAACAGGAGAACUGGACAACACAUAUAUGAUAUAUACGGCAGACCAUGGUUAUCAUAUUGGGCAGUUUGGGUUGGUGAAAGGGAAGUCCAUGCCCUAUGAGUUUGACAUCAGAGUUCCUUUCUACGUCCGAGGUCCAAAUGUCGAGGCUGGGUCCUUGAAUCCUCACAUUGUGUUGAAUAUUGAUCUCGCACCUACAAUUCUGGAUAUUGCUGGGUUGGAUAUUCCCUCUGACAUGGAUGGUAAAUCCAUUCUAAAGCUGCUGGAUUCGGAGAGACCAGUAAAUAGGUUCCACUUAAAGAAAAAGAUGAAGGUGUGGAGAGACUCGUUCCUUGUGGAAAGAGGUAAACUGCUGCAUAAGAGGGAGAAUGAGAAGGUAGAUGCCCAAGAAGAAAACUUUCUACCCAAAUACCAGCGUGUGAAAGACCUCUGUCAGCGAGCUGAGUAUCAAACAGCUUGUGAACAGCUUGGCCAGAAAUGGCAGUGUGUGGAAGAUGCCAGUGGAAAGCUCAAGCUGCACAAGUGCAAGGGAAUGGCCAACUUGGCAGCUGCAGGCAACCGCAAAGGCACCUCCAAUCUUCUGCCCAAGUAUUACAGCAGGAACAGGGAGGGCUGCAACUGUGAGGAGAAUGAAUACAAGCUGAGCCACGUUGGACAAAGAAAGAAACUCUUCUCCAAGAAAAAAUUUAAACCAAGCUACGUCCGGAAUCGCUCUGUCCGUUCCGUGUCUGUGGAGCUGGAUGGAGCCGUUUAUAACCUGGGAUUAGAGGAUGCAUACCAGCCCAUCUUGCCAAGGAACAUCUCCAAGCGUCACAAGGAGCAGAGGGCUGUUCUCCGUGAGGAGGAGGACAGAGACAUGGGGGAAUACAGUGGCACUGGUGGCAUUGCAGAGUACACAGCCCCUAACCUGAUCAAAGUGACCCACAGGUGUUACAUCCUGGAGAAUGACACUGUUCAGUGUGACACAGAUCUGUACAGGUCACUGCAAGCUUGGAAGGACCAUAAACUUCAUAUUGACCAUGAGAUUGAAACCUUGCAAAAUAAAAUAAAAAACCUGAGGGAGGUGAGAGGUCAUCUAAAGAAGAAACGACCCGAGGAGUGUGAUUGUAACAAGAUAAGUUAUCAUUCAAAACACAAAACCAAGCUGAGGCACAAGGGAUCCAGUCUUCAUCCUUUCAAGAAGGCCCUCCAGGAGAAGGACAGGCUGUGGCUGCUGCGGGAGCAGAGGAGGAAGAAGAAGCUGCGCAAACUGCUGAAGAGAAUCAAAAACAACGACACGUGCAGCAUGCCUGGGCUCACCUGCUUCACCCACGACAACCAGCACUGGCAAACUGCUCCCCUCUGGACAUUGGGCCCUUUCUGUGCCUGUACCAGUGCCAACAACAACACGUACUGGUGUUUGAGGACAAUCAACGAGACCCACAACUUCCUGUUCUGUGAAUUUGCUACUGGAUUUCUGGAGUAUUUUGAUCUCAAUACUGAUCCAUAUCAGCUAAUUAACGCAGUGAAUACGCUCGACAGAGAUGUUCUCAAUCAGCUGCACGUCCAGCUCAUGGAACUCAGGAGCUGCAAAGGGUAUAAGCAAUGCAAUCCAAGAACUAGGAACAUGGAUCUAGGACUUAAAGAUGGAAGCUACGAGCAGUACAGAGGACAACUGUGGGAAGGCUGGGAGGGCUAAUCUCCCCAACUGCUGCACCUCCAUGAGGAUACAAACUGGCCAGAACUUGAAUCCAUGUACAGACUAAAUGAAUUGUAACAUUAGCCUGAAGGACUGGAUAAACUUUGAGGCUGAAAUAGGUAGAACGUUUGCACUGGUGAGUGAGUUAAAUAGAUGCAGUGAAACUAUGGGAAAUGCUGUCAGAAAUACAGGUCUCUGAACUCCACUAUCGUACCUGCUUUUUGCUUUGGAUUAUACCUCACCUGCUUCACAAGGCAUUUUGCUUCCAGAAGACACAAGUAACGCUGAGCCAGGAAUUGAGAGAAGAGGAAGCACAGCCCCAUCCCAAAGAGAGCCAUUCCAGCGGCAGCGUUUCCACAGACAGCUGAGGGAAACUCAAAACAAUUUGCAGUUCAACUUUCUCUUCAGUUGUCAUGAAAAACACUUCAAAGCCAAGCAUAACUCUAAAGCAAGAUCUAGAAACCAUGGAUGCUUUUGCCUCUCACUGGGGUAAAGGCAGUGGUUGAACAGAAUUUGAGCAGCACUGAGUGUUCUCAACACCACGACAUCUCUCCAGUCUCCUCUGAGGAUACCUUUUAGUUCCAUGUCUGUUUGUCCAUCCUACUGCCACCUCUAUGAAGAUGAGAGAAAAUCUUCACUAACAGAUUUUUGGAGGGGUUGUGUAAAAUAUUGCUCAAUAUACUGUUUGCAAAGCAAUUCCUUCAGGUUGUAAAGAAUUUUGUUAAUAAAAAGAGUGUAAUGCCCAUGCCCCGUUUCUCAAAAUGUUACUUACUUUUGCUUAGGACGUGUCAGAAUUCAUCCAUUUUUAGAAGUACUGAAGAAUUUCAGUAAAUGUACAUCUCAAAUUUUAACAAAAUCAGAUAUGUAUGAAGUUUUUUUUUUGUGGUAAUAACCUAUUGUAUGUUCAAAACCAAAACAACUCCUUUGAGAAAGCAGUGUUUGCUCAGCAAUGUAACUUUUACAUUUAUUUUUUAAAAAAGGCAGCUCUGAGAAGUUCAAUACUUGUAGUCAAUAAAGAAUAAUCUAGUUAAUAGUUUAGUCUACAAAAAAAGUUGAAGUUCUGAAUGACAGUUACUGUUUAAAGGCUUUUAAAGGGAAAAAAAACCCCUAUCAUUUUACUUAAGAAGCACAGUGUACAGUUAUUUGAGUAUUUUCAUAAGGACGUUAUUAAAUACAUUGUAGUACAGGCCAUUGUAGCACAGGCACUAGUGGUGAGAUUUGUAUUUAUAAUUCAUGGUACUCUGGUACCUAUUUUAAAGGCACGUGCCCGAGGGUGCUCAUGGGGCAGGACUUGACCAACUGUGGCCUUCACUCCUAACAGCGGUACUUUUUCUUUUAAAACAGAAACUUAACUUGCUCUUUUAGAAAUGCAGUGUAAAAAAAAAAUUACAGCAUGGAAAUUAUUUUGGAACUCUUCCUGGUUU